CUGUGGUUUCAGAUUAGAUCCAGAGGUAUUACAAAAUGUGUAUGCCAUGGCAUUUGCGGUGGAGGAAAUCAAUCGUAACAACAUCCUGCUACCAGGAGUGAAGCUGGGCUACCGCAUAUUUGAUAGCUGUGUCCGAUACCCCUGGGCUCUGCAAGCUGCAUUGUCACUAGUUGCAGGAGACGAACACAGCUGCAACGUAACAGCCUCCACGUCUCGUACUGCAGCCGGAGAAACAUCAGCAGGUGGUCAACCUGUUCCUUUGCUCAUUGGUGAUGCUGCAUCAACAACAACCAUAUUUCUGUCCAGGAUCCUAGGGUCUCUCUCUGUGCCAUUUCUGUUGCAGCACUUGAACAACCUGCAUUUCACCACACCACAGGGGGAAAUGUUUUACUUUCAAGGUGGUGACGCUCCAGCAAAGUAUGACUUUGUCAACUGGCAGAACACCCCUGAGGGGUCACUCAAACUUGUUUUGAUUGGUCGUGUGGACGGGUUUGACCUCCACCUCAACCAGUCAAAUAUUCAGUGGAGCACCGGAUCCAAUCAGGUGCCUACUUCAGUGUGCAGUGAGAGCUGCCCCCCAGGCACCCGAAAGGCCAGCAGGAAAGGAGAACCUCUCUGCUGCUUUGACUGUAUCCCAUGUGCUGAUGGGGAGAUUAGCAAUCAACAUGGUUCCCUUCACUGUGAGCGUUGUCCAUUAGAGUUUUGGUCCAAUGCUAAACGAACUGCGUGCAUCCCUCGCCAGCUGGACUUCCUUUCCUUUAAUGAAACCUUGGGAAUUACCCUGACUACAGCAGCUGUGUCUGGUACUGUGGUGACAACAGCUGUAUUUGUGGUUUUUCUUUACUACCGUCAAACACCUAUGGUACGAGCCAACAAUUCAGAACUGAGCUUCCUGCUUCUCCUGUCACUGAAGCGCUGCUUCCUGUGCUCACUGGUGUUCAUUGGUCGUCCAUCAGUCUGGGCUUGUCGGUUCCAGCAGGCAGCUUUUGGGAUCAGCUUUGUACUUUGUGUUUCCUGCCUCCUGGUCAAAACCAUAGUAGUUCUUGCUGUUUUCCGCUCAGCUCGGCCUGGUGCUGAAGCAUUGAUGAAGUGGUUUGGUCCAGGCCAACAGAGAGGAAGUGUUUGCCUCUUUACAUCUAUACAGAUUAUCAUUUGUGCCACAUGGCUGUCCCUCAGCCCUCCUGUGCCUCAACGUGAUCUGGGUUUUCAGGGGUCAAAGGUCACCCUGGAGUGCGCUAUGGCCUCUGUGGUGGGCUUCUCUCUGGUUCUAGGUUACAUUGGUUUGUUGGCCUGCACCUGCCUUCUCUUGGCCUUUUUUGCUCGGAAACUCCCUGACAACUUCAAUGAGGCCAAACUGAUCACCUUCAGCAUGCUGAUAUUCUGUGCUGUCUGGGUGGCCUUUGUCCCUGCUUACGUUAGCUCUCCUGGGAAAUACACUGUUGCUGUGGAGGUUUUUGCAAUCCUGGCCUCUAGCUAUGCUUUACUGCUCUGCAUUUUUGCCCCCAAAUGUUUCAUCAUUCUCUUGAGGCCUAAGAAAAACACUAAGAAACACCUGAUGGCCAGGUAGUUUUUCU